CGCCGGGUGGCCAUGUUGCAGCCCCAGCAGCAGGCGGCGGGGAGUGCGGCGAUGGCUGUGGCUGUGGGCAGAGCGGCGAAUGAUGACCUUAGGAACCUGUCCCUGUCUGGCCAUGUGGGCUUUGACAGCCUCCCUGAUCAGCUGGUUAACAAGUCAACGUCACAGGGCUUCUGCUUCAACAUCCUGUGUGUGGGUGAAACUGGCAUCGGCAAGUCAACGCUGAUGGACACUCUGUUCAAUACAAAGUUUGAAAGUGAGCCUGCUACACACAAUGAGCCUGGUGUGAGAUUGAAAGCCAGGAGUUAUGAGCUCCAGGAGAGUAAUGUCCGUCUGAAGCUGACCAUUGUUGACACGGUUGGAUUUGGAGAUCAAAUUAACAAAGAUGACAGCUACAAGCCCAUAGUAGAGUACAUUGAUGCACAGUUUGAAGCCUACUUGCAAGAGGAGCUGAAGAUCAAACGAUCCCUGUUCAAUUACCAUGACACCAGAAUUCAUGCCUGCCUGUAUUUCAUUGCACCAACUGGACACUCACUGAAAUCCCUAGACUUGGUCACCAUGAAGAAGCUCGACAGUAAGGUGAACAUCAUCCCCAUCAUUGCCAAGGCUGACACCAUUGCAAAAAAUGAAUUGCACAAGUUCAAGAGUAAAAUCAUGAGUGAGCUGGUCAGCAACGGUGUCCAAAUCUACCAGUUCCCAACGGAUGAAGAGACAGUCGCCGAGAUCAAUGCCACAAUGAGCGUCCACCUUCCUUUUGCUGUAGUUGGUAGCACUGAAGAAGUGAAGAUUGGCAACAAGAUGGCAAAAGCCAGGCAGUACCCCUGGGGUGUUGUCCAGGUUGAAAAUGAAAAUCACUGUGACUUUGUGAAGCUGCGGGAGAUGCUGAUCCGAGUGAACAUGGAGGACUUGAGAGAGCAGACACACACCCGACACUACGAGCUGUACAGGCGCUGCAAGCUAGAAGAAAUGGGAUUCAAGGACACAGAUCCAGACAGCAAACCUUUCAGUCUCCAAGAGACUUAUGAAGCAAAGAGGAAUGAAUUCCUGGGUGAACUCCAGAAGAAGGAGGAUGAAAUGAGGCAGAUGUUCGUCAUGAGAGUAAAGGAAAAGGAAGCAGAAUUGAAAGAAGCUGAGAAAGAUCUUCAUGAAAAGUUUGAUCAUCUAAAGAGGACUCACCAAGAGGAGAAGAAAAAAGUAGAAGAUAAAAAGAAGGAGCUUGAGGAAGAGCUGAACAACUUUCAAAAGAAGAAGGCGGCAGCUCAGCUAUUACAGUCACAGGCUCAGCAGGCAGGUUCUCAACAAACCAAGAAAGACAAGGACAAGAAAAAUGCAAGCUUCACAUAAAGCCUGUCAAGCCAAGGAUGUUCCUGCAUUCAUCUGCUUUUGCAGUAAUGUUUCUGCCAUCUGUUUUUUCUUUUUUUUUUCUUCUCAUUUUUAACCUGAAUAACUAUUAACUCAUCUAAUAACGUAGUGGGAACAAGAAGGAAGAAGGGUUGCGUGCAGGACUUUGUGCAGCAGGAAACUGAGGGGGGAGGAAGGGAGGGAAGCAAAUGAUACCACGUGUUUUUCUGGUCCAUACCAGCAAUGGUAAAUCACUCUUGGCUCAGGUCUGAACUGAGUCAGGGCUGGAGUUUAAUUCUACCUGUAUCCCUUCAGUAGCUAAUGUGUUAGAGCAAAAUGAGCCCUGCUGUUGGGGUGGGAUAAGGGGAGGGGGGUAUCUGUGUGUAGAUAACAAAAGUUUAACUGACCUUGCAUGCUAUUACAUUUGCAUGAUUUUUUUUGUUUGUUUGUUUUAAUUAGCUGCUGUUUCUGUUGUCUGACUGGAUAAUAUUAGUUGGGCUGGGUUUGCUGUCAUGCGCUGGCGUAUUUUUACAGCCACCCUUUCAGGUCAGCGCAGUAGCUCCUUGCUGAAUGUAGUGGUGGGAGCUGAGUGGUGCUGCAGGUACCUGGAAAAGGGACCUCUUUUCAUGCUUUCCAUGAAUUGCUUGCCAUUGAAACCCAACUUCAAAGAGCGCUGGGUUCUUAGACUAUUAGCAAGACGUAGCAGCCCCUAAGGAAUCAAAUGCCCAGGCAGAAGGCCUAAAAAAGAGGGUACCUUCGACAUCCCCCUGCUGCCUUUGGGAGUGUUCCUGCGUACAUAUAAAUGCAGACCCCGUAGUUGCAGGAUCCAGGUUUCCAUGCUGAGAGAAUGCUGUUCUGCCAACCAAACGGUGGUUAAUGUGAAAGGUGGGAAUUAGGGUCCCCAUCUCUGGAGGUGCACGCUCCAGAGCAGAAAAUGUGCCAAUUCCUGAACGUUGAUGGAUGACUGCCCCAUUGCCUGAAAAACAUCAGAAAGUUGACGCCUCCAAGCCCGGGGAGCUUUGCACAACAGCUGACAGCCUGAGAGAAGGGCUUUCUCCAGACAGAUUCAUGUUGAGGAGUGGCCAGAGGUUUGUCACUACCUGCAAGUGACUCGAGAUCCUUGCAGGGAUGGAGAGCGGCCGAGCAGGGAGAUGUGACAUACAAACAAGACACCUCUAGCAUAACCAGGCCUCGCUCUGUGGCCAUCAUGGUGUGAAAUCAGUCUGCUUAAUGUCUAUUUUCUAUGCCAUUGCUUUUUGGACAGAAUCUUUCCCUUCCUACCCAAGAAGUGGCGAGCCAUGCUUACACUUUGACUGCUGGAUUUCUUUCUCUUCUGCUGAUGUACUGCCAACAUUUCCUUUGCUCCUAGCUAGGUAGUCUCCUCUUUGUUUCUUUAAAGCACUCCUAAAAUAAUUCCCUCCACCUGAGUCUCACACACUGCAGUUCAUUGCUUGCUUCUGGGAUGGUAUUUCUUACCUCUCUGAAUGUUCAAAAAAAGUCAGAAUUGUCACCUUUUUCUGAAACAAGACAGAAUCACACUUUUUGGAGAGUUGGCUGACAAAAUGUGUUUGGGAGUUGACUUUAUUUGUUUGUUUGUUUGUUUUUUAAUCUUUUUUUUUUAACCCUUACCACUUAAACAUGGCUUUGGGAAGAGGAAAUACAAAUGCAGCCUUGUGAACACGCAGCAAAAGUUGUAGAUGAGUAAGCUGCAAUAAAAGUCAUCGUCUUUUCUUUUGAUCACACCUCCUGGUCUUAUCAACCAUGAUGUGCUUCCAUCAGGUUAAAUACGAUUCUUAGAGAGCUAUUUUGAAAAGCAAAACUAUGAUUUUUCUGGCUUCUGGCAAACUCAAGUUUAAAAUCUUGAGUUAUCAAGGGGGAAAUCUGUUUGCUGGCACGAGCUAUUUAGUCACAUCACAUGCUCUUGUCUCAAGCCUGAAUGCUUGUGGCAGUGUGCUUUGCUUCAGCUGUCUCUGUGCAUGCCCUCUCUUUAAUUACCAGCACUUUGUGCCAAGUUGAAAACUUAAUUUUACCAUUUAUUUGUCCUGCUUCAUUUGACAGCCUUUCCAAGGGAUGUUGGCAGGAGAAGUCAGCCGAGUCUAGCGGUUUUUGUUGUUUUUUUUUUUUUAAUAGAAAGCUGUGGCCAAAUGCAUUCAUGUCUUUUUGAUUGGGUUUCUUCUUUCAGUGAGAAGCAGGCUCUGGCUUCUCACUGAAAGAAGCUUUUACCCAGCUCCCCAGUUUCUGGGGAAACUGGGCUUAAACCAUAAACUUGCUGAAGUGAAAGGUAUUGUUUUGUUUUCUCUGCCAAAGAUGUUAAAAUCUUUUUCUCCUCAGUCCCCCAGGCCAUGUUUAGCUGGUUAUUGCUGCCCUUCUUUCUUUUCUUUACUUACGCCUUUUUUCACAGUAGUCCCUGGUUCUGCAUGGAGUAAGGGAUGCUUUCAGUCUAGCUGGAUAUGCUUUCACCUUGCAUGUAAGUACAGUAGUAAGAGAUUCACCUUUCCGUUCACCGCUGAUAUGGGCAAACCUGUUGUGUUUUUCUGGGGGCUUCUUUAAGUCCACUUACUUACAAGUGGCGUUGUUGAAAACCAUUAAAAACUUUCUGUAAUAAUUUGCUUUUGCUAAGAUUUUGAAGGAAAAAAAAAAGCCAUAGGGAACAUAACAUCCAGCUGCUGUUGAAUGUCUGAAGUUACCCUGCAUGGCUCUGUGGGUCUGCUGGUGACAGUGGGGACAGCGGCAUGCUUGUGUUGCUCAUGAGGCAUUGCGAAUGUCAGUGUGGUGAAGCAAUGAUGAUCAGUAGCUGCUAACGCUGCACGUCCCUGACACUGAUAAACACAGGAAUAGUGUGGAUGAGCAGGAAAGCGUAGGGACAUGUAUGUUUCUGGGAUGGUGGUGUUCCCUGUGCAGGGAAUGAACCCCAGAGGUGAGAAGGGAACACAAGGCAGGCCACCAAGAGGCUUGUGAUGGCUCUGCAGAGGUGGGCAUGCGUGUGCCUGGCAGGGCAGGAGUUACCUUCUGGGGAACACACCCCACACUUCUCAGUGGCCCAAAAACCACAGUACACGUUGCACUGUGUGUGUGUGCUUUUGACAGCUUGAAAUCCCAUCAAGGAGAUUCGUAUCUCGGUGUCUGUCUCUAAGCAUGCCCUUACCUAACGUGAGCAGUGUUUCUGUGGGUGGUUCUUAUCCUGCUUCUCUUAAGGCAUCCGAGUGUGGAUGGAAAUGUCUUUUUGUGUGUGCCAUACCAGGUGUGUCCAUCUGAAGCCAGCUACCACUCGCCCUCUGAGAUGUCAGCAAUGCACACUUGUCUCUCUGCAAGGGCCCUGGCUGCAUUUGCUGCGUGCCAGAUCCACGUCACUCUUGUUAGCAUGGGACAAUACAGAUAUGAAGGGUUUUUUAAUUAACGGAAAAUAAAGCUGUGAACAGCGGUAGAAAUAUUGUAUUUGUAUACAUUUUUAAUAUUCUGAUUGCCUUAAACUAUAGAUGUAGAACUUUAUUACCUUGCUAUUUGAAAAUAACCCAUGUUUGUUACUAAAUAAUUGUGUAACCUACAUACAGUGUUAAUGCAAAGUAUAUGUACGCAUCUGUUAGAUAUUGUCACUUUAUUUGAUGUUAAAGUAUUUUUUUUUAAUUACAAAUUGAAUAAUAACCUGGUAGCAUAAGCUCAGUUCUUUCCUGUAUGUGCUUUAGGCUGCGCACACAAGCAGUGCCGGCACUCGAAGUGGGGAGAGGAAAUAUAUUUUUACCCAAACGCUUUGGUCUUGGAGUUGCCUUUGUGAGCUGGCUUUGCCGCUGCCGUAGCGGUGUG